UCCCAUCUCCACCCCCCAAAACAAAAAAAAACAAAAAAAAACUACGUCUCCUCUAAAGCAACAAUAAGAUAUGUCUGAAGCAAAGCUGCGUUCUCAUGUUCCAAAAUUUGGUGACUGGGACAAUGGUGAUCUACCAUAUACAACCUACUUUGAGAAUGCUCGCAAAGAGAAAGCUGGCAUAAGGAUGAACCCUAAUGACCCUGAGGAGAAUCCUGAGGCCCUCAUGUAUACGAGGGGAGGCCCGGAAAGCAACUACGAUGGCCGGUCCGUGCCGGUCACGGCCGAUAAACACCAUCAGAAUGCUGCUAAUAAAGAUGGUUCUUCUUAUGAUCAUCAAAAGAGCGCAAGAAGGCAACGGAACACAGCACUGGAAUCCGAAAACAACACCGGAUCGGACCGUUCGAUUCUGCCUUCGAAUCAUCGACGUCGAAACUCGGGUCAAAAGAAUGGUCGGCCUGGUGGAAGUGCCUUCUCUGCAUCUGUCUCAGGACAAUCACAAAGAACUGGGAACCAUCAACUUGAUGGUAAUAAACAUCAUAGAACACCAUCAGUUCCAAAAUUUGGGGAAUGGGAUGAAACAGAUCCCACAUCGGGAGAAGGGUUUACAGUAAUAUUUAACCGAUUGAAGGAGAAGCAAGCAGCCCCCUCAUCCAAUUAUCAAACCGUGGCUCCGGAAGUUAAAACCAUGAAUUACUCUAAGUUAAAGAUAUGUUGCUGUUUAUUUUCACGUGGAAAUGAGUAAGAUAUGCAUGGACUGGUUUUUCAGUGGAUGAAUAUCAAUUUAGGAGGGAUUUUUAUGUGAAUGUGAAUCUUGAAUUUCUAUGAUUUUCCCUUUAUAAUUUCUUUUUCUUUUUUAUAUAAAAACUCAGCAUGAUGAAGUUAUAGAGAUAGAAUUGUUUUGUUGUUUGCAGAGGUGUUCACAAACAUAUUAAUAAAUUCCAUAUUUGUUUAAA